GAUUACUGUCACCAACCAAGAAGGUCAGGUGAUCAUUCACUACAAGCGCGUGUGCAUUUCAACUCAUACAGUGACGUGACUGUAACCGCACACGCUACGACACCGUGACAUACACAAGCAUUGAAAAUGGCAGACACCAGCCAUCAAAACCCUCCAAGACUGGGGCCUGUGCAAUUUUUAAUGAGCAACAAGCUUGAAACGGCCAUGUGGCUGUCACGCCUCUUCACCGUCUACUGCUCCGUCAUGUUCAUACUUCCAAUCUUGGGACCCCACGCGGCGUCCAACUUCUACCAACGAGCGCUGCUUUCCAACGCGCUCACCAGUGCCCUGCGCCUGCACCAGAGGCUCCCCAGGUUCCAGCUGAGCCGGGCGUUUGUGGCACAGGCGCUGCAGGAGGACAGCUGCCAUUACCUGCUGUACUCACUCAUCUUGGUCAACUCCUACCCCAUCACGAUGAGUAUUUUCCCAGUUUUCCUCUUCUCCUUGCUCCACGCAACCACCUUCACCAAAAAGGUCCUCGAUUCAGUGGGCCCCAGCACGCUGAUGUUCAUCAGGAAUCUCCUGGACAAGAUGUCUGCCAAUCAGCAGAACAUCCUCAAGUUCAUCGCCUGUAAUGAGAUCUUUUUGAUGCCAGCCACUGUCUUCAUGCUCUUCAGUGGCCAGGGAAGUUUGCUGCUGCCUUUCAUUUACUAUCGCUUCCUCAGCCUACGCUACACGUCCAGAAGAAAUCCAUAUUGCCGUGCUCUAUUUGCUGAGCUGCGAAUCCUCCUGGAGCACUACAUCAUGAAGCCUGCGUGCCCUGCCUUCUUCCGGAGGAUGUGCCUCAGCAGCAUUGCCUUCGUCAGCCGCUUGGCCCCCACCGGCAUCUGAAGGCCUUGACCCCCCACCCUUUUUUUUUUUUUUGCGCCGUUUGGCCGUUGCCAAGGACGUGACUUCCAUUUUGGAUGAGGACGCACAAUGUGGCGCCACCAAUGGAGGACAUUUGAUUUGUUUUUAUUGUUGCAAUGACAACUUGACAGUGUACUGCAAUUCAAGACCAGCCUGAAAAGCAUUGACGUUGUUUUAUGUCCUCUUCUCCUUUCCUAAUGUGACCUCAUCAAAAUGGUGGGCCUGCUGCUCUUUUAUGCCAGAGCACAUGAGACGUCUUAAUGUGAUCCUACAACUUUAUUUAUUCACUUGAGAUUAGUCACAAACUGAGCUUCUAGUAUAUGAUUACAAAUUUAAAUAUUGUCAGAACUAGGAGGCAAUGUAUGCAGUUUAUACUUUCUGUUUUGUAUAAUACUCUUUAAAGUCCUCAAUUCACUCCUCGUACAAAUGUCAUUUCUGCUUUUUCCAGAAUAAGCAUAAUGUUGUUCCUUUAUGAUGUUGGAAUUCAUGAUGCAUGUCGUUAAGUGGGAAGCUGCACUGAUUUCCAAUGCAUUAUAAUUCAACCUUUGUUCCCCCAAUGCAUUUAGCACACUUGUACUAAUAUAUGUGCCCUAACCUUUCUUCUCCCAUGUCUCCGUCUGCCUACAGAUGAACUACAUUUUUAUUGCGUGAUAAGCUCUUAACGAUUCGGAAAUAAAAUGUUAACCGAA